UCUCCUGGCAGUUUGCAGGGGCAGGAGAUUAGCGAAGAGCAACAGGGAUUGACUGUAACAACAGUGGGUGUGGAUCUCAGGGAGAUGGGGAGUCCUUCACUCAUUCUUUUGCACUACUUCCCUGGGUAAGGAGGCUGGAGGAAUCUGAAGUAUGUCCCCCUGGCCUUUUACCUCCCCGCUGAUAUGUGCCUGGCCACACCUGUGGAUCAGUGUUUACAGGCAACCCAUUUACUGGACACAGAGCCCAGGAAGGACUCCCAGAGGCAUCCUAGCAACCAACCCAAGACCUCCCUUCCACAGAGUGGCAACUGUCACAGACUCCAGGGCGGGCUCUGGCACUGGAGUCCAGGGAGGCACAGUCAAUCUCUUACUUACUCUUCUCUUGUCUUGAGGCACCAUGACCCCUAAGGAGGCUCUUUGCUGCAUGUAACCGAGGGCCAAGGCAGAGUGGGACUUCAGCUCGCACUUCUCGGUGGCCUCUUAUACAGUUGUUAGGAUGCUGGACUCCUCGGUGACAGAACAGAUGACCCGGCUGACAUUGCAAGUCCUGGAACAGAUGCUGGAACAGGAACGUGAAAGCAUGGACAGAGCAGGACAGCAGGAAAAGCCAGACACUGCCCUGCAGAGUGCUUUGAGGAGAAGGAAAGACCUUCUACAGAAACUCUGGGAACAGCAGCUGAUGAAUGAGCACUCCCCAGCCCAUGCCUGGAGGAGGACACACGAGAGAACCAUGGUACCAGCCCUGAACCCAGAGGUGCCUCCCGUGAAUGCCUUCCCGGCUGCUUCCCCACCUUUGCCCCGACCACCAGAGCCACCAAGGAUCAUCCAGGCCCCGGCCCCCCAGCCUCCUGCCACCAUCAUUCAGCAGCUACCCCAGCAGCCACUGAUUGCACAGAUUUCUCCUCCUCAGGCCUUUCCCACUCAAAGAUCGGGAAGUAUCAAGGAAGACAUGGUGGAGAUGAUGCUAAUGCAGAAUGCACAGAUGCACCAGAUCCUCAUGCAGAACAUGAUGCUCAAAGCUCUGCCACCUGGGCCCACAGGGCCACGUGCUACUACCCUCCAGGACCAACGAUGGGCGCACCAUGGAGUCUUGCGAGCUGAAAAGCAGAAGCUACCCCCAGUGCACCACCACCACCACUAUGCACCCCCCACCCAGCUGCAAGCUGCCUCCACAGGCGCCCCUUCAGGAUAUUCAGGGUGGCCUCCAGUGGUUGCAGCCACUGCCCUCCCACAUGCAGCCAGCUUCUUGCCCACUGUGAGCCACCUGACUGAGCCGACUACUUCCCAUCCCAGCUACCCCUAGCAUGGAAGUCUAGAGGGAGGAAGCUAGUGUCUUGCAGCAGGUAAGUGGAAAGAUGGGCCUGGUCACCACUCCUCAAUGUGUGCUGAAGAGCACAUGCACCCUGUGGUUAGACCACUGAACUGUGGCUAAUUAGAAGGAGCCAGAAAAAAUUUCAGUUGCAGGUCUCAGCCCCAGUUGCCUGUCAAUGUGGAGCCAUGUUACCCUCUGGGAAAGCUGUGUCUUAGAUCUUUUGACAGCCCAGCAGGACUGGUCCCAUAGAGUGACCUUCACCCCAGCCCAGGUCCCGGGGCACCCCUCAUUUGACACCCUGGAUUUUC